GGCGGUUGGCGGCGGGGGCCCGGCCUGAGGUAGCGGACCGAGCGAGUGGAGGCACUGCGCCGCCACUGCAGACCCUGCCCCAGUGCCCGAUGGCUGCGACCCCGGGGGAGCGGGGAGUUUAAGCGCUCUCUUUCCCCCGACGCCGCCCUCAUGGAGGAACCGAGCGGCCUCUACCUGACAUCCACCCGCCUGCUGAGCCUCACCCAGCGCUCCGUCUCAGAAGACCUAGGUUGCCGACGAGGGGAAUUCAGUAGAAAACAUUAUGGAUCUGUGGAGCUGCUUAUUUCCAGUGAUGCUGAUGGAGCCAUACAAAGGGCUGGAAGAUUCAGAGUGGAAAAUGGCUCUUCAGAUGAGAAUGCUCCUAACUUGCCAGGUAUCUGGCGUAGAACAGAUGUGCACCUGGAAAACCCAGAGUAUCAUACCAGAUGGUAUUUCAAGUAUUUCUUAGGACAAGUUCAUCAGAAUUACGUUGGCACUGAUAUAGAGAAGAGCCCUUUCUUUCUGUCUGUAGCACUUUCUGACCAGAACAAUCAACGUGUCCCUCAAUACCGGGCAAUUCUCUGGAGAAAAACAGGUACCCAGAAAAUAUGCCUCCCCUACAGUCCCACAAAGACACUCUCAGUGAAGUCCAUUUUAAGUGCCAUGAAUCUGGACAAGUUUGAAAAAGGCCCCAGGGAAAUUUUUCAUCCUGAGAUCCAGAAGGACUUACUGGUUCUUGAAGAACAAGAGGGCUGUGUAAAUUUCAAGUUUGGGAUUCUUUAUGCCAAAGAUGGGCAACUCACUGAUGAUGAAAUGUUCAGUAAUGAAACUGGCAGUGAAGCUUUUCAAAAAUUAGUCAAUCUUUUGGGUGACACAAUUACUCUAAAAGGCUGGACAGGGUAUCGAGGAGGUCUGGACACCAAAAAUGAUACUACAGGACUAUAUUCUGUGUAUACCGUGUACCAGGGACAUGAGAUUAUGUUUCAUGUUUCCACCAUGUUACCAUACUCUAAAGAGAACAAACAGCAAGUUGAAAGGAAGCGCCAUAUUGGAAAUGAUAUCGUCACCAUUGUGUUCCAGGAAGGAGAAGAAUCUUCUCCAGCAUUCAAGCCUUCUAUGAUCCGCUCUCAUUUUACACAUAUUUUUGCCUUAGUGAGGUAUAAUCAACAAAAUGACAACUUCAGGCUGAAAAUAUUUUCAGAAGAAAGUGUGCCCCUUUUUGGCCCGCCUUUGCCAUCCCCACCUGUGUUUACAGAUCACCAGGAAUUCAGGGACUUUUUGCUAGUGAAAUUAAUUAAUGGUGAAAAAGCUACCUUGGAAACUCCAACAUUUGCCCAGAAACGACAGCGAACUCUGGAUAUGUUGAUUCGAUCUUUAUAUCAGGAUCUGAUGCCAGAUCUGCACAAGAACAUGCUUAAUAGACGAUCUUUUAGUGAUGUCUUACCAGAGUCACCCAAGUCGGCCCGGAAGAAAGAGGAAGCCCGUCAGGCAGAAUUUGUUAGAAUCGGGCAGGCACUGAAACUGAAAACCAUCGUGAGAGGGGAUGCUCCAACUAGCUUGGCAACUUCAGGUCUCUGUAAAAAAGAGCCUUGGGAGUCCCAGUGUUUCUGCAGUCAUUUUCCUCAUGAAGCUGUAUGCGCAGAUUCCUGGGGCCAGGCCUUGCUGGUCUCUACAGAUGCUGGCGUCUUGCUAGUAGAUGAUGGCCAGCCAAUAGUACCAGUAUUUGACAAAACUCUGCAAGUGAAGCAGAUGCAUGUACUUGAAUCAUUGGACCUACUAAUUACCAGAGCAGACAAAGGGAAAGAUGCUCGACUCUUUGUCUUCAGGCUAAGCACUGUGAGGAAGGACGUGGAAGGAAAGCAGAUAGUGAAGAGCAAGUAUGACUGUAGAGAAAAUAAACUUGAGAAAACAAAAGGUUGCCAUUUGUAUGCCAUUAACCUCACUCAUCACAGCAGCGAACUGAGGAUUAUUGUUGCAAUUCGCAACAAGCUACUUCUUAUCACAAGGAAACACAAUAAGCACAGUGGUUUAACCAGGCUCCCACUGUUAUGCUCGUUGUCAGAAUCACCUGUUGAAGAAUUCCAAUACAUCAGGGAGAUCUGUUUGUCUGACCCCCCUGUGGUGAUGACCUUGGUGGAUGGGCCAACUGAAGAGAACGACAAUCUGAUUUGUGUGGCAUAUCGGCAUCAGUUUGAUUUGGUGAAUGAGAGCACAGGAGAAUCUUUCAGACUGCACCAUGUGGAUGCCAACAGGGUUAAUUUUGUUGCAGCUAUUGAUGUGUAUGAAGAUGGGGAAGCUGGCCUGCUGCUUUGUUACAACUAUAGCUGCAAUUAUAAAAAGGUGUGUCCUUUUAAUGGUGGCUCUCCUUUGAUCCAACCCUCAGCAUCAGAUUUCCACUUUAGCUGGAACCAGGUUCCUUAUGCUGUUGUGUGUGCUUUUCCAUACAUUCUGGCCUUUACUACUGAUUCCAUCGAAAUCCGCUUAGUGGUGAAUGGAAACUUAGUCCAUACAGCUGUUGUGCCUCAACUUCAGCUUGUGGCUUCAAGGUCAGACAUAUACUUCAGAGCCUCAGCAGCAGUGAACGGCGCGUCCAGCAGUAGCUCCAAGGAUGCCAGUGCCCACAAUUCUCCUCAGACACCCACAGGCCGGGAGACUCCAGUGUUUUCUUCUUCCCUGGGGGAAGGUGAUGUACCAUGUAAAAACCUAUACAAGAUUCCUCUCAGAAACCUUGUUGGCAGAAGCAUUGAGCGACCUCUCAAGUCACCCUUAGUACCCAAGGUCAUCACGACCCCAACGUCAGUGGGGAUUGGCAUAGCAGCCAUUCCUGUCACUCACUCCUUAUCCCUGUCUCGGAUGGAAAUUAAAGAAAUAGCAAGUAGGACACGAAGAGAACUACUAGGCCUUUCCGAUGAAGUUGGACCCAGGUCCGAAGGAGCACCAAAGCAGAAGACAACAUCUCGAAAGCAGCUGGAAGGGGAGCCCAAGCAGGGAGCAGUGAGGUCAACAAGCAGUGACAGGAUCCUAUCAGGCUCUUUUGAAAGACCUGUUUUUGAAGACAGCUCUGAUGGGCGUCUCCUUUCUACAAGUUCAGAUCCUGAUACUCUGGCCACCAGAGAGGGGAGUCCACCCUCUGGAAGCCCAUUUCAGCUCACAGCUUCCUUUGAUGAAGAUAUUAUUGACUUGAAGUAAAGACAAUCUUAAUCAUAUUUGCCAUCUUUAUUUUUCUUACAGCAGUUUAUACUCUCUAGGAAAGUUUUGACACCACUUCCUGAGGAAAACCGGUCACUGAUCUAUUGGACCAACUGCUCUGCAUAUUAGGCCAGUUUGGGUAACUCUUCAACAUUUGGUGCCAUCUUGAUCCUUGCUUUCCCAGUUCAAGUACCAUCAGCCCCUCUUGGAAUAAAGGUGGUAGAUUUCAUUGAGGUCUUAGAUUGAAACUUUUAAUAAAAUAAAAGUAUUCAUUCUUCUUUA